UUUCACAAAUUCCCAAAGGGGAGAGAGAGAGAGAGUGAGAGUGAGAGUGAGAGUGAGAGAAAUGCCUUCCCUUUUUAGGGGAGACGAAGACGAAACCCUAAUUCCCCCAAUUUCACUAUGAAGCGUAUCAUCAGAAUCUCCUUCACCGACGCCGAAGCCACCGAUUCUUCAAGCGACGAAGAAGAGACGGAGAAUCGUGUAGGAGGAGGAUCCCAAACCACUCGCCGCCGUGGGAAGCGUCUCGUCAAGGAGAUCGUAAUCGAUUCUCCCGAUUCCGCCGAUGAUAAACUCGCCGUCCGCAAAACACGGUUCAAAAUCAGGAUCCCGGCUGAAUUUCUGGCGGCGGCGAAGACGAAGGAGAGGAAGAAGUAUCGCGGAGUGAGGCAGAGACCGUGGGGGAAAUGGGUGGCGGAGAUCAGAUGUGGUCGAGGUGGAGGAGGACGAAGAGGUGAUCGUCUGUGGCUGGGUACUUUCAACACUGCGGAAGAAGCUGCUCUUGCUUACGAUAACGCUGCGAUUCAGCUGAUUGGACCUCACGCGCCGACUAAUUUUGGUUUUCCGGCGGAGAAUCAAGUGGUGGUUGGAGGAGGAGUAUCCGACGUUGCUAGAGGCGCGUGAAGAUGGCUUUUG